AGUAACAAAGCAGACCUUAAAAGAUGCUUUCCCUCUCAAACACUCCCUUUCUUUCUCUCGCUCCCUUCUCAGCUUGUAGUAUUUCCGCGCUUAUGCAGAACACUUCAUAAGCCUAUAUGACUUCUCGGACUCUUCUUUUUUAACUCAAAUGGCCACGAAUAAUGUUGCAGCUCGUCAGAGCAAAAAGAGAAAAGAUUUUAUACCUUAUUUUUUGGGGUUAGUCCUGUUCCUGUAUUGCACCGUUCAUCUUGUAUCAUUCACAGCCAAUACAUCUGACUGGAGUCACACAAGACGGGUGCGCCGUGCACUUGAGGACGAGAACGAGACAGAGUGUAUCACACCUCAGUCGUCCGAAUUCCCUGACGGCUUCUUCACCGUGCAGGAGAGGAAGGAUGGAGGCCUCGUCAUCUACUUCAUGCUCAUUUUCUACAUGUUCUUAGCCGUCGCUAUAGUCUGUGAUGACUACUUCCUUCCAUCCUUAGAAGUCAUCAGUGAGCGUCUGGGACUGUCUCAAGAUGUUGCUGGUGCGACAUUCAUGGCCGCUGGGAGUUCUGCACCUGAACUGGUGACAGCCUUUCUGGGUGUCUUUGUGACAAAGGGGGACAUUGGGGUCAGCACCAUAGUGGGCUCAGCUGUCUACAACCUCUUGGGCAUCUGUGCUGCAUGUGGACUUUUGGCCUCUAUGACAGGACGUCUCUCCUGCUGGCCAUUGUUCCGGGACUGCUUGGCGUACAGCAUCAGCGUCGCCGCCGUUAUUGCUAUCAUCUCUGAUAACAAGGUGCACUGGUACGAUGCUGCCUGUCUCCUACUGGUGUACGGCGUCUACAUCAUUGUCCUGUGCUUUGACCUUCGCAUCAGUGAGUUUGUCCUGAGGAAGAUCAGUCCUUGCUGCGCCUGUCUGGGUAAAGCCUCAGGAGAAAAGAACGAAACGCGACCUCUGAUGGGCCUCUGGCACGACGACACAAGCCUGCGAGUCCACAGCCGCUCUAGGACAGACAGUGGGAUCUACCAGGAUGACUCGGGAUAUUCGCAUCUCUCCCUCAGCUUGCAUGGCCUCAAUGAAAUUCCUGAUGAACAUAAAGGUGUGUUCUCUAUGCCCGAGAGCGACUUGAAAAGGAUCCUUUGGGUUUUGUCUCUACCGAUCAUCGUCCUUCUUUUCCUGACCAUCCCUGACUGCAGAAGGAGGUUCUGGAAGCAGUGGUUCGUCAUCACCUUCUUCAUGUCUGCCGUGUGGAUCUCAGCUUUUACUUACAUCCUGGUGUGGAUGGUGACUGUUGUUGGUGAGACACUGGCCAUCCCUGAUACAGUAAUGGGACUCACACUGCUUGCAGCUGGAACUAGUAUACCUGACACUGUAGCCAGUGUCAUGGUGGCCAGAGAAGGGAAAGCUGACAUGGCCAUGUCCAACAUUGUGGGCUCAAACGUAUUCGACAUGCUGUGUCUGGGUUUGCCAUGGUUCAUCAAGACUGCAUUUGUGGACACCAACAACCCCGUGGAGGUCAACAGCACUGGGCUAGUGUUCAUAUCCGUAACACUCUUGCUUUCCAUCGUCUUCCUCUUCGUGGCCGUCCAUGUGAAUGGGUGGAAAUUGGACUGGAAAUUGGGACUUGUUUUACUGGUUUGCUACAUUCUCUUUGCUACUCUGUCUAUCCUAUAUGAGCUAGGGAUUAUUGGAAAUAAUCCUUUAAGACUGUGCAGCGACUGAGAAAUGACCCCAUGAAGGACCAAGUCAUGUUUAUCAAGACUCUUGAGAAUAUAUUCCAAGCAUGUUCCAACUUGUACAUCCUCACAAUAAUAUCAGCAAUGCCAUGAAGCAUUAGGAUCAUCUCAGGAAGAGGGUGACAUGUACCAAAGAUCACGAUCAACCAGGUUGCCACCACAAUGUGAAACUUUCUCCGGUAGAGUCAGACAUCUUAUUUAAAACCUCAGAAAUGGAGAAUAUGUUUCGACCAGUGUGCGUAGAAAGAAAUAAACAAAUGGUGUCAACUCGCUUAGUUCUUGUAUUUAAGCAGACACCAAAAACUGAACACUGUUAUCAGGUUUUCCGAGCAGGAUCUUAUUGCCUGCGAAGAGGAAAGAACCAUAAACAGAAGUGAAAACUUUCCUCUUGCCAGUUGCAUUGUCAUGAGAUCACAAGGCCACAUGCACUUAACUGGACCCCACAUCCCUCCUUAACAAACACUAACCUGACAAUUAAAAAAAUGUACAGGCCAACUGAAUGUCAGCCUUACUGCUCCUUGUGGAAUGUCACCACACCAAAGAGGCCACGAUAGGGCCGUAUUAAGCAGUAAUGUGCAACAGAGAAACACUGGGCUCAUGAUAUGCUACACUGAAGACUUUGAACCAAACAGACUUUUAUAACCGGCGGGUUUAAAAAUUAAAAUGUUUAUUUGUUCAAACAUUUUGCCAGGCAAUCAAAAAACAGGGAUUACAAAACAACAGAUAAAAGGACUCAUGUUGUAUAUACUGUAUUAACAGAAACAAAUGAAAUCUGCGGACGUGAAAUUAGGUGACGCAAUGUAAUUGUGUUUUUAAAACAAAACAAGAGCUUACUGGCAAACAUGGCUCAAAAUGUGGAAAUGAGUGAAGCAGUUUCCUUGCAAAAACUUCUAGGCAUUACGAUCAAUACGGACAUCCACCUCUCGGCCAUUGAUCUUUGUUCCAUUCAUCAUCCGGCAGGCUUUCUCUGCACUCUCCGGAGAGUCGAAUCUCACUGUUCCGCAGCCCUUUGACUUGCCGUUCUCCAUCUUGAUCUCUGCAAACAUGACCUGGCCUGCAGCCAACAAGGAGAAGCAACAAUUUACACCGUAUUCCUCUUUAUGUUUACGAGACCAUCAAAGUGCCAGUACAAGACAAUCUCUUGUAUGCAGUAUGAGUUUCAUAGUUGGAUUCUUAUCAGACAUUACAUUUAUAAUGAGGAACGUGGCCAAAAAAG